UGUGCACCUUCCACCGCUGAAUUGCAAAGCGUGGCCUCAGCCAGCCAGUUUUUGUGGCAGGAAGUCGCAAAAGGUGUGGCCAACAAGGUUGCGGCUUCUCCACAGUGGCUCGAGCCAGCGCAACGGUCGCCAACUUUUAAGCGAUUGAAUUGUGGUCAAGGCGCCUGCUUCUUUCAUCAUCCAGCACAGCACCCUUUCUGAACCGUGCACGAGUCAUCAACAACACCACUCAACAACCGAGAAUCGACUUACAUACGGCUCUGGGUCUUUCAGUCGGUCUCUGUACUUCGCUGCGGCAACAGCGCCCGGCCUUGAGGUUUCAGCUUUGGACUUCAUCCUCGUUCUCAGUGAACCAUCCCUCCACCGACACGAAGACCCAUAAUGUCACAGUCGCCGUCAUCAGGCGGUGCCAUGGGCAUCGGGAGCGUCCUUAAUAUCAAAGCCGAGUCAGGAAUGCUGCAGCCACAACAGGGUCUCGCUCCUGAACAACAACAGCAACAGCAGCAACAGGAGCAACAACAGCAACAGCAGCAGCAGCCGCAACCGCAGCCGCAGCAGCAACAGCAACAACAGCAGCAGCAGCCAUCGCGUCCAGCUCAAACGCACCAAAUCCAAGGCGACCAGCCGGACGCUUCCCACGGCUCAGAACAGUCGAGAUAUUCUGGUCCGAUGAACGCCUCUUACCCUUCCCCGACUGCCAUGGCCGCAGCUCCCUUGCCGCCGGUGCCGAGUGCCAACAUGGCACCUGCUCCGAUGAACUCUGCAAUGCUCCAUCCUGAUUUGCCCCCUGAACUCGUGGCCGGAAUCCCGCCAGGGGGUUACGCGCCGGCUGAGGCACGCGCUCAACCGGCGAAGUCUUUCCCGUGUGGCACCUGCGGGAAACCAUUCACGAGGCGGAGCGAUCUUGCUCGGCAUGAGCGGAUCCACAGCGGUAUCCGACCACAUGCCUGUGAUUACCCUGGCUGUGACAAGCGGUUCAUCCAACGUUCGGCGCUCACGGUCCAUUCUCGUGUUCACACCGGCGAGAAGCCGCAUCAGUGCGAGCGAUGUGGCAAGCCCUUCAGUGAUAGCAGCUCGUUGGCGCGACAUCGUCGUAUCCACUCCGGCAAGCGGCCGUACAAAUGCCCUUACGAGGACUGUCAGAAGACCUUCACUCGUCGUACGACCUUGACUCGGCACCAAAACCACCACGUCGGUACGGUCGAAGAUUCGGCCCGCGCGCGGGCCGAGGCAUUGGCUCAAGGCGCUAGUGCCGCUGCGGCUGCUGCGGCUCGAAACAAGUCGCGGUCCUCAAGCGAGCAGGCAUCGAAUCACGAGUCUCCUCUGACCACGCCGUCCCCCGCCCAGGGCGCCAUGUCGAUGUCACCGAGCGCAGAUCUGGCCAAUAUGAACAGCAUGCAGUAUCUGGCGAACAACUCGCUUCCCCCGCACCUUCGCGGCGAUGUCCACGUUGGCAGUCCGUCGCCCACGGCAUCCACGGGAUACAACAACGGCAUGCGCCCCACAUCCCACCCCACCGGAUACGCUCCGCCACAGACCAUGGAGCCGAGCAUCGAGCAUCAGCAGGGCCCCGGCAGUGUGGCUGGGAGUCCCCAUGUUGCCAGCGUCGGGUGGCCCUCUCCCGGCCCCGUGGGCUCUCCCACCCAGAGCCCCAAUGGCAACGGAUACACGUACCCAGAUCCAUCCGACGUUUACCAGAGCGGCACCCCGAUUGCCCAAAUGUUUUACAACAGCGCGCCGGCCACCCGCCGCCCUGGCAGCGCAGAGCCGGGCAAUCCUGCCUACGACGCUAAGGGCCGUCAGGCUGAGCUCUGGACGAAUGCGCAGUAAGCGGCUUUUACUCUGGGAUGGAGAUGGCCGUCGCGCCGAUAUUUGGAAUGUCGUCCGACUACAGGUUGUCUCGGCCGCGAAGCCAGAGGCGUAUUCCCUCUUCCCCGCUACCAAAGCGACCAAAGCGACCGACGACCGGCUAUAGGUCGUCCGUGUGCCCAUAUCUCAGGGUCUCUAUUCCUCUU